AUGAAGAUUCCAGCAGCCCUCUCACUUCUCCUCCUCCUCUCUUUGUUUGUCUCAUCUCAGUCUGCCGUUUCCUCACCACUCACAGUAGAUAGGACUGGGUUUCGCCCAAGCAGUGAUUUUGAAACCCCUACUGUCAAUGCUGCCGACCGAACCAGUCAUAUCGACGAAGUCCUCCCACCACCCACCGCUCGUUCUGCUGUUCCUAUCCUCGAUGAUCCGGUUGAGGAACGGACUCAUGAUGUCUCAAAACUCAAGCCUCCCAACAGGCGGGCUGACAAGAAGCGUAUUCUCGUUACUGGUGGUGCUGGCUUCAUAGGUAGCCAUUUGGUGGACAGGCUUAUGGAUGAGGGUCACAUGGUAAUUGUCGUAGAUUCGCUCUUUACUGGCAAAAAGAGCAACCUUGAGAGACACUACAACUCUCCCCGUUUUGAGUUCAUCCGACACGAUGUCAUCGAUCCAAUCAGCCUUGAAGUUGACCAAAUUUAUCAUUUGGCUUGCCCAGCCUCGCCAAUUCAUUAUAAGUAUAACCCGAUCCACACCCUCAAGACCAGUUUCUUGGGCACGUACAACAUGUUGGGUCUCGCCAAGCGCACUCAUGCUCGAUUCCUCAUUACGUCAACGUCUGAAGUGUAUGGUGACCCCUUGGUACAUCCGCAACACGAGGAAUAUUGGGGCAACGUCAACCCAAUUGGCGAGCGUUCUUGCUAUGAUGAGGGUAAGAGAGUCGCCGAAACGUUGUGCUAUGACUUUAAGCGGCAGAAUGGUGUUGAUAUUAGGAUUGCACGCAUUUUCAACACAUAUGGCCCCAGGAUGGCUCUCAACGACGGCCGAGUCGUGUCCAACUUUGUGGGACAAGCGUUGAGAGGGGAGCAGUUGACCGUACAGGGCUCAGGAAACCAAACAAGAUCGUUUUGCUAUGUUUCGGACCAAGUGGACGGUCUCAUCAAGCUCAUGAAUACGGAGGAUGUCGACGGUCCCGUCAAUAUCGGUAACCCACAUGAAUUCACUAUUCGCGAACUUGCAGACGUUGUGAAAAAGGCUGUCGACCCGAAUGUUGAAAUUACUUAUACCCCGUUAACCCCAGAUGACCCCAAGCAACGUAAGCCGGACAUCACAAAAGCGAAGGAUGUCCUCGGCUGGGAGCCAGGAGUUGAAUUGAUGGAUGGGCUGAAAUUGAUGACAGUCGACUUCAAGGAACGCAUCCGAAACGGGGAUGAAGGCUGGUGA